GAUAUCUUCUUUCUGGAUGCUAGGAAAUACUUCCUUGAAAAUGGAGCUUUUGAGAGCCCGUGUAAUCCAUUAAUCUGAGUGGGGAAAGCGGCAGCAGAGAGGCUCAAAAGUGGUCCACUAUUCCAUGGAUCAGACUUCGAAUAUCAAUGUGCAGAUUUUCUCCGGGACUCUGAUACCUCCCAAAGACACUGAUAAAAUCUGAGUACUUUUUGCCAGUCCUGUUCAAUAUGUGGAUAAAAACUGACAUGGACUUCUUGUAAAGGCAGCAGCCUUUUUCUCCAGUUGACCACUGCAUCCUUAACUUGACAUCAACAACCUUACCUUCACAGUUUGUUGUCUUCUCUAAACAAAAUGAGCAGCUUUUUUGCUAAGAUGGAUCCUCGGCGCAUCCAGUGGGGUGCCACUUGGUAUGCUUUUCACUCUCGGAUUCUGCGUACCAAGCCAGUGGAGUCAAUGCUGGAGAGUACAGGUGGUGCUGCUGCACCCCAGAGCACCAAGCUUGCUCGAAUACUUACCACUGUGGACCUGGUAUCUCUAGGAGUUGGAAGCUGUGUGGGGACCGGCAUGUACGUAGUUUCCGGACUGGUGGCAAAGGAAAUGGCUGGGCCUGGUGUCAUUGUGUCUUUUAUCAUCGCAGCUGUGGCAUCCAUCCUGUCAGGUGUAUGCUAUGCAGAGUUCGGUGUGCGGGUCCCGAAGACUACAGGGUCUGCCUAUACAUACAGCUAUGUGACGGUUGGGGAGUUUGUGGCCUUUUUUAUUGGCUGGAAUCUCAUCUUGGAGUAUCUCAUUGGGACAGCGGCUGGUGCCAGUGCUCUCAGCAGUAUGUUUGACUCCUUGGCCAACCACAGCAUUAGCAACUGGAUGAUAAAAAAUGUGGGAACACUGAAUGGUCUGGGCAAAGGAGAGCAGUCGUACCCAGAUCUCCUAGCUCUUGUCAUCGCUAUCUUGGUGACUAUCAUUGUGGCUCUAGGAGUAAAGAAUUCUGUUGGCUUCAAUAAUGUCCUCAAUGUCAUCAACCUGUUGGUCUGGAUCUUCAUGAUGAUUGCUGGACUUUUCUUCGUUGAUGGUAGAAACUGGGAUGGUGGACUUUUUCUUCCUUAUGGAUGGUCAGGGGUUCUACAGGGUGCUGCUACCUGCUUUUAUGCUUUUAUUGGCUUUGACAUCAUUGCAACCACAGGUGAAGAAGCAAAGAGCCCCAACACUUCCAUUCCUUAUGCCAUCACUGCCUCGCUUGUGACUUGUCUGACCGCAUAUGUCUCGGUUAGUGUGAUAUUGACACUCAUGGUGCGCUACAACGACAUUGACGCAGAGUCACCCCUUAUGGAAAUGUUUGCAGUCCAUGGCCUAAUGUUUGCCAAGUAUAUUGUGGCCAUUGGCUCCAUUGCUGGUCUCACUGUCAGUUUACUGGGGUCCCUCUUUCCAAUGCCCAGGGUGAUAUAUGCCAUGGCUGGAGAUGGCCUGCUUUUUAGGUUCCUCUCACAUGUGAGCAGUUACACAGAAACUCCUGCGGUUGCAUGUGUAGUGUCAGGUUUCUUGGCUGCACUGCUCUCCCUGCUUGUAAGCCUCCGAGACUUGAUCGAGAUGAUGUCUAUUGGUACUCUUCUAGCAUAUACAUUGGUCUCUGUGUGUGUCUUGCUCUUGCGCUACCAGCCUGAAAGUGAUAUUGAUGGAUUUGUCAAGUUCCUCUCAGAAGAACACACUAAGAAGAAAGAGGGAAUCCUAGCUGAAUGUGAAAAGGAGGUAUGCUCUCCCAUAAGUGAGGGAGAGGAAUACAGUGGUCCACCAACAAACACCUGUGGGGCAAAAAACCUACCAUCUCUUGGAGACAAUGAGAUGUUGAUUGGCAAGUCUGACAAAACCGCAUACAAUGCCAGCCACCCAAAUUAUGGAACUGUAGAUAUGACAUCAGGUAUUGAAGCAGAUGAGUCUGAGAAUAUCUAUUUAAUCAAACUCAAGAAGCUUAUAGGUCCUCGUUAUUAUACUCUUAGGAUACGCCUGGGACUCCCCUCAAAAAUGGAUCGCCCCACUGCUACCACAGGACGGACCGUCACCACUUGUGUCCUGUUGCUUUUUAUCCUGAUCUUCAUUUUCUGCUCUUUCAUCAUUUUUUGUGCUGACUACAUUUCUGAUAACAGCUGGUGGGCCAUUCUCCUAGUUGUUCUUAUGGUUUUGCUGAUAUGUGCUCUGAUAUUCGUCAUUCUGCAGCAACCCGAGAACCCCAAGAAGCUUCCCUAUAUGGCUCCAUGUGUCCCUUUUGUGCCAGCCUUUGCCAUGUUGGUCAACAUUUAUCUCAUGUUAAAGCUGUCAAGCAUCACUUGGAUCCGCUUUGCAGUAUGGUGUUUUGUUGGUGUGCUCAUUUACUUCGGCUACGGCAUGUGGAACAGCACACUAGAGAUUACUGCCAGGGAAGAAAUACUCCACCAGAGCACAUAUCAGCGAUACGAUGCAGAUGUGGAUGACAGCUUCACUGUAGAUGAUGGAUUCUCCUAUCCAGAAGAAGGAGGUGGACAGUACCAGGACUGGGGCCCACCAGAGGGCAAAGCUUAUCACUAUCAGCAACACGGCAUGCCAAUGAGUGCAGACAACAACAGGACCUCGCACAGCAGUAAAUCCAAAAGCAAAGGGAAAUCGAGUCGUGAUUCCGAAGCUCUCAUAGCAAAUGAUGAGUUAGAUUACUCGCCUGAGUAAGAAUGUAUUUGAAUGUAUUUAUUAGUGUUUAAUGAACCCUUGGAUGGAAUGUUUUUUCUUUAUCCAUUUUCUUUCUUUCUUUCUUUCUUUUUUUUUUUGCUUGGGCAGCUGAAGAUAUUCUGAUAAAUUCCCACCACCUUAUGCCUUGAUCAAACUAUGCUUUCUUAAUGUAGUGUGUGUGUGUGUGUGUGUGUGUUGGUUUAGUGCUAAUUUCAUUUGUAUUUGGACUUUUUUUUUGGCCACAGCAGUUCUAGAAAUUAUUUUGAUAAUGUUCACAGAUAUCUAAAUGAAGAUCUUGCCUUAACAUCUCUUUGACCCCUUGUGCCACUAUCCCCAUAUUAAGGAAAAGUUUGAUUGUGGUAGCUCAGCUUCAGUCAAAUGUUUUUUAUUUUACCACUGGGGAAAUCUGACAAAAUCGGACUUAAUAACCCCUUAAGUAUUUACAGAAUUUGCAUCUUACAUUAAAUACCAGUUGUGUUGACUCCACAACUCAUUGUAUACUCACCAAGUAAACAUCAUUUUUAAACUUCAGUGUAAAAAAGCCCAGAGGACAGCCUUGUAGAAAUUACUCCUGACUCUCAGCAGAAGUGAGAUUCUUGAGAGCAGAUAUUAUUAUUCGGUGCAGUUAGAGAUUGUCGACAUUUAUAAAACUUUGUCGGAGCCAACAGGCCUUCAAAAAAAAAAAUAGAGAAAUCAUUUUGAUCUUGUAAUACUUAUUUGAAAAUAAGGAGAAGAAGUUGAGAUGUUUUUCUAGGUGACUUCACCACUUUGAAGAUCCUGUACUUCCUGUACCUUCAUUGUAAUUUUUCACAGCUGCUGCAGUUCAAAUAAUCCACACUGAUGUAGCCAAUACAUUUUAUAAUUCUAAAAUGUGCACCGCUUUAAUGAAAUUCAAAAAUAUGAGUCUAAUUAGUAAAGCUUCUCCGUCUUUUCUGCUUUAUUCCCACUCAGAAUCCAAUUUUGUAGGCCAUUGUAUGCAAGAUCAGUGAGGAAUGGGGCAAUGCCAGUUAUCCAAAAUAUAGAUAAGCUGACCUAACCUGAGCUGAGCAGAAAUGCUGCUGUUUCAUAAAUCCCUCAAGAUUUAUCAACAGGACAGAUUGACCUUCAGUCAGUGACAGCAUGCACAGCUUUAUGUGGAAAAUAAUUACACAUUCACUUCCACACAUAUUUCUGAUCAUUAUGGUUCAAACAAACCCGUCAACAAGUCUUGGACUCACGCAUGCAUACUGCAGCUAGCGAUUCCUCUAAAUUCAAGUCAGUUUAUACCCUAAAAACAAUUAAAUAGAUGAGUGCAGGUGCAGACAGAUCCCCAAAUUCCCUUAACUCUUCUGUAUCACCCCAAACUCCUGCACAGUUGGUAAAGUCAACUAGAAGUAUGCAAGCAAUUUAGAAAAGGGUCCAUGCAAUUUCAUAUUGAAUUGUUAAUAUAGAUAUGACUUGGGGAUAAAAAGAAGAAAGUAUGCUUUAAAUAAAAUGCCUGAAUAUUUUUAUACUUUAUAUAAGCUAUAAAAAUUAUAUUUUAAAAAAACGUGUAUUUAAUAUUCACCAAAUACUUCUUUUAAUCUUUGGAUCCUUGUGACGAUCUUAAUCUAAACUUCAGCAACACUGGAUUUGUAGAAGAAAAAAGUUAAUAAAAUAUUUAUUUAAAGAAGUGUAACCAAAUAUAACUUUUCAAACAAUUAAACUAUGCAAAUUUACUGAAACAUUCAAAGUAGAAAGCUAUUAAACAAAACAGAGAGCAGGUUAGAUCAUUUUAUGACAUAUAGCACAUGAUGUCUGCCUGAUUCAUUUCAUUAGAGGGCCAGUAAACAAUGCAGUGUAAUGACAUUUUACCUCUUCCUCUUAUUCUCGUGAACUUGCUUGCUUUGCAAGUUGCUUUAUAAAAUAUUAAUUGAUUGGAGACACCAUGUCUUUCUUUAGUAAAAACAAAAGCACUAUAUUAAUUACAGAUUGAUUUAUGAUUUACACAUUUUUGGUGUUUUAAUGACACUGUGAGCAUUUUACAUAAAACGGAUGUGUGGUUUUUUUUUUUUUUUGCACCUAAACAUUUGUGAGACAUAAUGCGACCAUGAUCGAAUUUGUCCACUGUUACAGUAUUAUAACAUUAUUGCAUAUCAGACACUUUUUUUACAUAUCCAUUUCAAAUUUGCUGUUCUCCAUUGAUGGGUUUUCUUGAAUCUGAAGACAUUAUAACUGAUGAUGGGUUUGCCCCCACCAUUUCCCACCCACGAUUACACAAAUAUUUUUGUGACUGAAAUCUGCUGAUACCGGAACAGAAAUGUUACCUAACCAGUUGAGACAAAGGAGUCUUUGGGUAACUUGGCAUAGCAGCAUUGAUUUUUCUUUUUCAGGAAGGGUCUUCCCAUUACACCCAUCACGACUCAGCUAGUGCAAUAUUCAAACUGUUGUGCACACAAAAAAAAAAAGUUUGACAAAUGAGCGCAUGACAUUUAUUUCAUCACAUUUAUUUAUUUGGCUACUAAGCUAAGUAUUUUAUCCAAGUUAUAAAAGUUAUCUUUUCAACAAAAUGUCUCUGUAGUUUGAUUCAGAUUCUCAUGAACUUUUAUGUAAAGAAGUGCUUCCUGGAUUCUGCCUUAAGUUACAACUUUGACUGUGAUUAAAAACAAAAUGUUACAAUUUAGUAAAAUGAAUUAUAUAUUUUUACAGUCCCAAAUGAACUUAAUUAACUACUGACUUUAAAGGUAAUUGUUUUUAAGGACUUUGAUUUCAAAAGAAAAACAACUAAAAUAUUUAAAGACACAACAGUGUACCAGGAUAUACCUCUCUAUAACACUAAAAAAAUAAAUAUCUACCUUUGUAGCUCUUUUAGUUUGUACUGUAAUGCUAUAACAGAAUUCAAGAAGUGUAUGCUGCCACCUCCUUUGUCGACACAAAUGCAGUGAUUGUUUCACUUCACUCUUAACUAGUGAAUGUGCAGUUCAUCCAGUCAGUGGUCUGGUGGCAUGACAAGCUCACCACUGCAAAAUCCCAGGAGAAAGAUAAAUGAACUACUUUAUUCUUUCUACUCACUGUUUUGCAUUAUAUUUAAACAUUGCAACGCUUUAUAUCAUUUUCUACUAUUUAAGAACAUGAGUGAAAUAUAAUUUAAAAUGCCAUCUUUUUUAGUGCACAUGCACAUUCUACUGUGCUGAACGGUCUGCUUAGACAGCUAUAAAUACAGGGUGGUCCAGAUCUAAUUAUGCAGAUCCAGAUCGUCUGGAUGACUUUGAUUUAUGCAGGA